AUGAAGAAACCAAAAGUUUCUUUGGCUGGACACGAUAACAGCUCUUCUUCUUCUAUUAAACAAUCAGAGGAACCUCUCAACACAAAUGAGAAACCUGGGAGGCGAACACGCAGGUUUAAACGUUAUGGUUCGAAAGAUUGGAAAGACAGCGACAUAGCUGAGCAGACGGAAAAGCUAGAGCAUAUGCAGGUGAAUGAGAAUUUUGUGGUCCUCAAGAGGUCAGCUGAUCCCUACCAAGACUUCAAAAGAUCGAUGCUGGAGAUGAUUGUGGAGAGACGCAUUUUUGAACCGACCGAUUUGGAGCAGCUCUUGAUGAGCUUUCUCUCUUUAAAUUCAAGGAUGCAUCAUAAAGCCAUCUUGAAGGCUUUCUCAGACAUAUGGAAGGAAGUUUUCACUGGACCCUAA